GAAGAUAAAGUGAGCGAAACUCAAACAAACCUGCUGGCGUUUACCAACUUUUGUCAAAUGUUAGACGUGUUUUUCUUUAUUUUUUCGUCCAAACAGUCAUUAAAUAUCGUGAAUUUCACAGUCGAUAAAACAGCUAACAACGUUACGUCAAUAUUAAUGUAUGACGACGCCAACCGUGAAGAUCAGUGAGUUAGCAGCUUGGCUAACGAGGCUAACGGUGCUGAUAUGAGUGCCAACCGGCGGAUAACGUCGACGAGCUGCAGGUGCAAAGCUUCAGUCAACCGGAGAAAGGAGCACCCAGCCCACAGAGGAGCCAGCAAGGUCCUGGCCGAGAGGAACCAGGCGGUGGUGGCUGUGGGAGCCUGGGUGGAGGGCGGGCAAGACAUCCAGGAGCACCCGUCUACUCUGGCUCUGCUAACUGAAGAGAUCCAGGAAGAAAAGAGGAGGGAGAAUGAAGAGAGCCUUCAACGAUUUCAGGAUGAAGUACGCCAUCGUGUGGCGCAGCAAGCUCAAGUCAGCAAGAAGCGACAGCAGCCUCAGGCAGACUCACUGAUUAAACCUGACAGGAGAUUCCCACAGCAGCAGUAUCAGGCCUGGACCCAUCAUGUGUCCGCUGGUGAGAGGCCGAUGUCUGCGGGAAGUGCUGCGCAGCAGAGGGUGAUAGAGAGGAGCUCUGAGGAGCCUAACGGAGGCAUGAGGCAGGUCAGACUCAGACUGGCUUCCUGUCGGAUGAUCCCACACGGGGAAACGAAGUCAGAUCUUCCUGGAGGCGAAUGGAACAUCUCUCCAACCAGACAUGGAGCUGGAUCUCACGUGCUGAGAGGAGAGCAGGAGGAAGAGGAGGAUGUUCAGGCAGAGGAAGAAGAGGAAGAGGGAGAUGAUUAUCUCUUCACCAGUCAACAUGAAUGUCCCCUCGUUCAGCAGAAGGUCAGCGGACCUGUGUUUUGGGAUACUGACAAAUCACAGCCUGAUCCUGGUUUCAAGUCCAGCCUCAGAGUCCCGCAGGUCCUGUGGCCUCUGACUGACCAAGAAGAACUGAAAAGACAGCGUCAGUCUCAGUUCCUGAUGCACCGCCGGCGAUACAUGAGCAUUGAGAGAGAGCAAGUGAAGGAGAACAAGCAGAACAGGAAACACCUGAAGAGGACGGCAAGGAUCAAAGCAGAGAAAGAGCAGGUUCGUCUGGAGGAGGAGAGAAAGCUGGAGAGAGCUCGGCAGCUGGCGGAGGUCAAACAGAAGCUGGAGGAGAGAGAGCUGCUGAUUCUGGAGCGACUGAAGCUGGAGGAGGAGGAGAGAGAUGAAGAGCUGCUGAGGAGGAGAAGACAGGAGAAAGGGAAAGUAGCCACAAGGUUCAUCGAGGCUCUGAGAGCUCAGAUGAAGGAGCGACUGUCUCAGGAGAAGCUCGAGCCGCCUCCUCUCUGCUGCUGCGCGUCCUCGUUCUGGGACUCUCACCCGGACACCUGCGCCAACAACUGUGUCUUCUACAACAAUCCCAAAGCAUAUGCGAAGGCGUUACAUUCAACAAUGGUGAGUUUGGAAUUACAGUAAAGGAUGCUGAUGCGCUGAAACAGACUCCUCGCUGUCUGUUUAAAGGAACAAUCCAACAUUUUGGAUUAUACAACGCAAGAUGUCAAACCAAGAGGCCGAUGAGGUUGAUGGCUCAUUCAGUGUCACAUCAGGUUGAGGUUUUCGUUAUGUUUUAGAUUUUAUUCAAACUUUAUGUCUGUUAUAUUUCACACCAAAAAAAACCCCAAACAUUACAGUUACAUAAGGUUUUAAUAAUAUCUAAAAUGUAAACAUAAGCAGCCAUCUGAUUUGACACACGUAACCCUGACCAGUUAAAUCACUGUUUAUCCGGAGUUUUAGGAUGCGAUUAACCCCCAGACUGAAAUAUCUCAACAAAUAUGAGCCGGAUUAUCACAUUUUUUCAAAACACGUUUUCCUAAAAAUGAAUCCAGUUGACUCUGAUGAUCCAGUAUCUCAACAACUGCAAGAUGGAUUGGCGCAAUAUUUUGUAAAGACGUUGAUGGCACCUACAGUAGAUUAUGUAUCCUAAAGACUUUGAUGAUCGUCAGACUUUGUCCCUAGUGGCAUCAUCAGGUCGAAACUGUGCAAAGUAGGGUGAUAUUAUCAAAAAACUAGGGAUAA